AUGCACGUCGCCAUUCCCGCCGCGCUGCUGGCAAGCGCCGCAACAGUCGCGACUGCAUCAUCCCUAACGCCGCCAGUACUGCCAUUGAUCGUACGCAACCCGUAUCUGAGCACGUGGCUGGGCAAUGCAAGAGAGGAACCCUGGAAGAAAUGGCCUAUGUUUUGGCAUGGUACUGAGCUCGGCUUCAGCGUCCUCGCACAUAUUCCGGACACGCACGAAGUGUUUCCGCUGCUUGGCCGACCACAAGACUCUCUGAACUCGAACGAACGGGAUUAUGUUGCGCGCGAGAAGGGAUAUAGCAUUUCGUACCCGGAGUUCAGAGGCGCACAAUACGACGCCUCUACGACUAAUCUCACGUAUGCGCUACCCGCUCUAUCUGGCCUCUCCGGUGCCGAGGACCUUAAUAUCACGCUUUCCUUCCUCUCGCCUGUUACGCCCACGUCGACGCUGAGGCAGGCGCUUCCGGCGGCAUACAUUACGGUGUAUGUGGAGGGAAGCUUCGAUGUAAACAUAUACAUAGAUGUCAAUGGACAGUGGGUUAGCGGAUUCCCGGAUAGCCAGAUCGAGUGGACCUUGUCGCAACAGAAAGCGACUGGUGCCCUCGAAGGAUUGAAGACCUGGACAGUACAGCGAAAGGAGCAAGUAGUCUUCGCCGAAGAGAAAGACCAAGCAGAAUGGGGACAACUGCACUUAACGGCACCUGAGAAUGUGCGACACGAGAGCGGACCCUCCGAAAAGCUUCGACAGCGGUUUGCGAGGACCGGAACGCUGCAGAAUGAAAUCGAUCCGGACUUCCCGCGAGCAAUCAACCAGGACGAACCGGUCUUCGCCUUCUCCAAGUCGUUUGAGCUAGCCAAGUUCCACGGGGCAGGAAGUGACAGCAUCCUGUUUACCAUAUCUCAUGUCCAAGACGAGGUCACCCAAUUUGCUUCGGCGCGGGGCCUCACGCGCAUGUUGCCGCUAUGGAAGUCCUAUUUUCACUCCGAACAGGAUCUCUUGAGCUUCCAUUACCUCGACUUCCCCAAAGCGCAGACGUUGGCUGCCAACUACUCCGAACAGCUCCGCAUCGACGCAUAUGCCUCCGGCUCGGAUACGUAUGUCGACAUAGUCGCCCUGUCGGCUCGCCAAACGCUAGGUGCGACGAGCUUCUCUGGUACGCCUGACGACCCGCUGCUCUUCCUGAAGGAAAUCUCUUCCAAUGGAAACUCUCAAACUGUUGACGUCAUCUUUCCAGCGUUCCCGUUCUUCCUGUAUACGAAUCCGAGAUGGGCUGCUUACUUACUUGAGCCAUUGUUGGAGCAUCAGUUGAAGAACUUGUAUCCGAACAAGUACUCAAUGCACGACCUUGGAUCACACUUCCCGAACUUGACUGGGCAUGCUGAUGGGCGGGACGAGUAUAUGCCUGUUGAGGAGUGUGGCGACAUGCUCAUCAUGGGACUGGCCUUGGUGAAAUCACUAGUGUACAAGUCAGAUGAGGUCGCGCAGUCAAUAUGGUCCACAGUUGGAAGCAGAGACAACGUUGAUGAUCGAAACGAUCACCGAUUUUUGUUGACGAACCUGGGCACUCAAGACGGCAUCGACUAUAUCGACAGCUCUUGGGGCGGCGGAGAUAGGGGCAUCAAGCAGGCGAAGAAGUGGCUGGAAAGAAGCUACACACUCUGGAAGCAGUGGACGGGCUAUCUUGUGGAGUUUGCCAAAGAGCCCGGCAAUCAGUUGUGCACCGACGACUUCGCCGGCUGGCUACCACUCCAGACCAACCUCGCCCUAAAAGGUAUCAUUGGCAUCAAAGCUUUCAGCGAGCUUGCCACCCUACUCGGUCGCACCGGCGACGCAGACGAACACCGGAAAAUAUCGGAUGAGUACCUUGAUCACUGGCGCACACGGGGUAUCUCAGUCGAUGGGUCUCAUGCAAAGUUAGCGUACGACUGGUACGGCAGCUGGACCACGCUGUAUUCACUCUACUCCGACGCUUUGCUUUGCUUCCAUCCCUCCAUCACCAACAAUGCCUCUUCCGAAAAUCCAGCAUCUUUUGUAGCGGCAUCGCACGACAGCCAGCAGCCACUCUCUCCCCACCCUGAUCUCCACUCUGACAAGGCCAAAGAUUUUAUCCCCCACGAAAUCUACACAAACCAAUCCAUCUGGUACUCUUACUCCCUGCAAAAGUACGGGCUCCCCCUCGACAGCCGCCACCUGUACGCCAAGUCCGACUGGGAGUUCUACGCCGCGGCCGUCGCCUCGUCCGAUGUCCGGAAGGCUAUCUUGGAAAAGGUGGCCAAGUGGGUCAAUGAGACGGUUACGGACAGGCCGUUCUCGGAUCUAUAUAAUACUGAGGGGGAGGGGGGUUUCCCGGAUCCGUAUUUCUUUGCGAGACCGGUUGUUGGUGGGCAUUUUGCAUUUUUGGCGCUGGAGAGGGCUUGUAAGGGGAGUAGGAAGGAGUUUGAGGUGGUGGAUGUGGAUGAGCUCUGAAAUGGAAAGGGGGAUGCUUAGACUGGUAAUGAAAUACAACACACGCUAUUUCAAGUCCAAGAAACUGGAAAGGAGUAUGGCCUGAUUAAAUUGUCCUCCAUACUGCAACUCUGACUACACAUAUGCAGUGCAAUACUUUCCGCACAUUUCCUUAGGUAGGCUAUAGCCCUUAG